AUGAGAAUAAGUAGAAGAUGGCGUACGCAAGAGGAAGAAGAAGAAGAAAGAAGAAAUCCAAGAAUGACGAAAGAAUCACUUCGUCAACUUUGCAAAGAACAUAAAUUAUACGUUACUCCACACUUAAAUGAUGUUUUGUACCUUCAUUAUAAAGGUUAUAGUAAAAUAGAAAAUUUAGAAGAAUAUACGGGAUUGAAAUGUUUGUGGUUGGAAAAUAAUGGAAUUGAUAAAAUUGAAAAUUUGAAUAAUCAAAAAGAUUUAAGAUGUUUAUACCUGCAUAAUAAUUUAAUAAAAACAAUAGAAAAUUUAGAAGAUUGUUGUCCUUUGUUAGAUUCUUUAAAUCUUUGUCACAACAGCGUAACAAAAAUUCAAAAUCUCAGCAAACUACAGAGUCUUCAUACGUUACACAUAAGUCAUAAUCGUUUAAAAGAUUUUUCCGACAUUGAACAUUUAAAAGAAUGUAAAGAAUUAAGUUGUGUGGAUCUUCAACAUAAUUGGAUUGAUGAUCCAUCAAUUGUUGAGAUUUUAGCAGCGAUGCCAAAUUUAAGAGUUUUAUAUUUGAUUGGAAAUCCUGUUGUUAAAAAAAUACCAUAUUAUAGAAAAAAUUUAACCGUUAAAUGUAAAAAUUUAACUUAUUUAGAUGAUCGGCCUGUUUUUCCUAAAGACAGAGCCGCAGCAGAAGCUUGGGAAGAAGGAGGUUUAGAAGCUGAACAAAUAUGUAGAAAAAAAUGGGCUGAUGAAGAACGCGCCAAAAUUGAUGCCAGCGUUAAAGGUUUACUUGCAUUGAGAGACAGAGAAAAGGCUAAAAAAGAACAAGAAGAUUUACAAUUACAACUUUUAGGUCCCAAAUUAGAAGAAGAACCAACAUCAGGAACUGAUGAAUCUGAUGGUGAAUCUAACAUCAGCAGCAGCAGCAGCAAAGAAAAUUUUGAAGGUGGAGAUUCGGAAAAUAUAAAUUCACACAACGGUAUUAUUUUCCCAUGGAAUUUGGAUGAUAAUACAAAUAGGAGGUCUCGAAACGAACAUGGCGAAGGAGGAAAAAGUAAAGAUACGUUAAUAGAAGUAGAAGAAGAAGAAGAAGAAGAAGAAGAAAUUGAAAUUAUUAACACAAAGAAUGAAAUAAAGAGGGAAAAAAUUGAAGAAAUCGAAGAAACGGAAAUGACGUAUAAAAAUAUAAAUAAAGAAAAUUUAUUAUAUAAAAAUUUAAUUGAAAAAACACAAAAUAUUUUACCUCAUGAUAAAAUCGAAUCGAAUUUCGAUGAAAAACCGUUGAGUGAAGAAAUCGAAGAAUUUUUAAAAAUUGAAAAAAAAGAAAUUGAGGAAAAAAAAUUUAAUGCGAACGAUAAUAAUGAUAAAAAUAUAAUGAGAAAUAAAUUGAUUGAAGAAUUUAAAUCUCCUUCUGAUUCGAUAAAUAAUAUGACAAAAUUAGUUACAAAUAAGACAAUUGAAAAUAGUAAUGAAGAAUUUUCAGUGACUUUUACCAAAUCGUGGAAUAAAUCAGAAAAACGUUUGCCUAAAAUAUUAGAAGUACCGGAAAAGGAAGUUGAACAAGAAUAUGAAUCGGCAGAAGAAUCAUUUGGUUUUAAAGAAAUCGUUAAAGAACAACUUGAUGGAAUAUUAGAAAAUGCAUUGAAUAUUGUUUCGAAUUUUGAUGUUUUCCUCGGCGAUAAUGAAAAUAAAAAAGAUUUUUCAAAUAAUAGUACCGAAGUUAUUAUGUCUAAUUUAGAACAAUCAUCUGAUGAUGAAUAUUUGGAUUUCGAUGAUGACGGUUUCGAAAAUUCGAAUCUUGCAUUAUCCGAAUUUUCAAAAAUGUCAGAUGAUUACUCACUCCCACGUGAAUUUAACGAUAAUGAUACCGAAUCGGAAAAUAAUUUUUCAAUUAAUUACGAAAAAGGAGCGGAAACGGAAAGAGAUAAUAUUUCAGUAAAUGUUUUAAAAAGAAACGUUAAAAGUUCAAUUGAGUUACAAAUAAUUACUGAAAAUGACGUGGAAGAAGAAAAUAAAAAUUUUACUGAUGAAAUCUAA